UGUAAUGUACAUUAAAACAUAAAAUAAACUUAUAUAAUUAAACAUCGUAUUUCAUUCGUGAUAAAGAAAUAUUUUUUCAUGAAAAUUAUGUCAUAAUGUUUUAUUGUUGCAGGGCAAAAUAAAAAUAUGCACGUCAUUGGCUACUUCCUAUGUCGUGUUAUGACCGGGCAGCAGACAGGGAUCGAAUUAUUGAUGCAAAUACCAGGCCAUGCCAGGUGCCAUGUGGACAGUGGCUUUGCGACUCUGAAGAAGGCAUACAGACGUCAUGAUACAGAGACGCUUGACGAGCUGGCAGGAGUGGUUGACCGGUCGUCUGUGACAAACGUAUCGGUGCGCUACCCGCAGUGGAUCUGGAGAGAUUGGAAAUCGGUCCUAUCCAGGCAUUUCAAGUCAUUUGUAGGAAUACGGAAAUACCAACAUUUCAGGUUCACAGCCAGUCUGCCAGGCAUCGUGAUUGUAAAGGAAAAAAGGGGUGGCGAAGAAACACAUGUCAACCUCCUUAAGGACCGCUCCUUCAGGUUUUUAGUGGACACCAGAGCGGAACCGGUUCAAGCGGCUGGUCUAAGCUUGAACAGGAAGGAAUAUCUCCGUCGGAGUGUCAGCAAACACGUGUCCGAAGAGAAACGGGAACAGUUUUGCGCGGGUUUUGCAUCUUAAAAGACGUUCAUGUAAUAUGUAGUGGUCAGAUUACUUGAGACACUUGAAUAUUUAUCAAUUAAGUUAUUCCAUCUGUUUUAUGAUAAAAAAUAUUCUUGGUUUUUACACUGUUCCAUAUAUUGUUGUGGAGUGAUCCAUAGUCGUUAAACAAUCACUCAGCUUUUGAAGACACGCAUUACAUGUAAAAUAUUGAUAGAAAAUUAACUGCGAAAUAAUUGUAGGUACACCACAUACAUGAUUAUUAUAUAACGUUCAUGUUAAGAUGUAUGCUUGUACUUUGCUGUCAAAUGUAAUAUUAUAUUAUAUUGACAGUCACCGGUGAUCUCAAUCUUUUGAUGUAAAUUAACGAAUAUUGCUUGUAAAUCUUGUUUGAUUUAUUUUAAAAUUAAACACUUAAACUGCGCAUGCUGUUGGAAUACUACACUUUAGUAAAAAAAAAGAACAACUACAGUUGCCUAGCAACCCAAGUGACGUCAUACUGACAUGUAUCGAACUUCAACUGAAUGUGCAAUUCUUUUACGAUAGUAACGGAAUGAAUGAUCAACAUUUUAGUUGUUUUUUUCUGCCUUAUUAAAAGAAAAGAAUCCGAACAUCUAACGCCGUAAACGUGACGCUGUAGAACAGAGAACGUUCAGAAAAAUGCUAUACGGUUGGCUCAUUUGAAUGCGUUUUUGUGUAAG